AUGGCUGUUGUGGGGCUGGAGAGCUGGUCUAAGUAUGUCGACGUCGCAGCAUGUGGUGUUCAAUCGGGUCGAGUGAGCGUGCACCUUGCGGAAGAGGAGGCAGCGCCCUCCGAUCAUCAAAAUUCCGCAUCUUCGGGGCCAAGUGAGUGGGAGGUUGUCGAGGAGAUUUUGGAGAAGGGGGAGUUGGUCCCCUCGCGGCACGAGCCGCCUCUUCAUCUUCUGCGGCGUAGUCGCCUCUCUACUGUGGGCGAGUGGACUCCAGAGCGCCGAUUGGUGCGAGCCUUUGAUUGGGGCAAAGCCGACGCUCAGGCCGCCUUGGACAGCUCCUUCUCAGGUCGUCAGGACAAGUUCCCCCUGGCCUCGGCUGUUUACGUCAUCUUGUACGACCCGUCAGGUGAGUGGCCUCGCUACACCAGGAUUGUGUCCAGGAGAUUCCCCUCACUGGUGGAAGCUGAGAGCUACUUACUCGGAGAAACCCUCGACGAGGGGGACGAUUUGGAGAGCAUGAUUGGGCCAGGCCGAGAAGUGACAAUCCGGAGACAGGAGGGUUCGGAGGCGGACCUGCUUACAGUACUGCUGGUGGAGAUGCUUCUUUCGGUACGGAACCAACUGGAAUUCCGGACACCACGUUCCCGACGUCGCAUUCGAGGCUUUGUCGAGGACGAUGUGAAUGCCCUCCCGGACCUUGCCGAGCUCAAUCAGGAGAUCGAAGCCUGGUUGGAGUCCAGGGGGGAGCGCCUGGAGGAGUACUUCACGGCCGAGGGCGAGGCCGACCCACCAGGGAAGGCGGAAAACCCCGCCAUGCAAGCCAUCUCGUUGCUGGCCGAGAUUCAAGCUUCAUGGAACAGCACUGGCGCAUUGCCGAGUGGGAAUGAUGCAAGGCGCCAACAGAUGGAGGCGGCUUUGGAUCCAGCUCGCAGUCAAGUCAACCGACCUCCUCGCAGAAUCCCCGACGAGCCCGGCAAGGAGACGGCCAUCGACUUGGAGGAGCUCCCUGGAGUAGACAACGAGCAGGUGUCGGUAGACGACAUGAUGAAGAUGGCGCUACUCAAGAUGAUGCAGCAGCAGCAGCAGCAGCAGCAGGGCAAGGCAGUCAAGAAGAAGAAAAAACUGCCGGGGCUUCCAUCUCUGGAUGCGGAUUCGGAGUCGGACGACGAGGAUUCCCUGCUGGACUGGAGUUCGAGCAGUCGAGGCGGAAGGGGGAUCAACGCAGUCGAAAGGCUGUGGGGUGCGAUGAAAGCUCCCCCCGAAGCGUAUCAAGAGCGGAUGGAGUCUCGCAUGUUGAAAGCGGUCGAAGCCUCGGAGAUGGUGCCAACUAUCCCUCUGCAGUUCGCGAAAAGCUGUCCUGUGCGGAAGUCACGAACCGCCGGGUUCUGCUUGCAAGGCUUUGCUCAGGUACACAAGUCCCUGCUGGAAAAUCGGCCCAAACAGGCCAGAUUGCAGGUCCUUCGCAUGAUGGCUGCCAUAGAACAGUUCCUCAUCGACGAGUCUUGGACA